CUAUCGUUCAGCUUUCUCUGUGUAAAUAUUGUUUUCACCGUUUUGCAUUACCUUGUGUUAUAAAUACGAUGCUACAUAAAUUUUGCCUUGGUGUACUAAAUGAGUCGUAUCACUCAGUUCAGGAGUAGCAAACAUUACAGGACGCUCAGUCUCGCACACGUUGGCGUGCCUGCUUAGAGUCUAGCAUAACGUUGGUGUGCCACUUUCACCGAUGAGUCUGACCUCCGCAUUACCCACCAAUAGGUUCUCCCGUUAAUUCUACUCGGUCAUCUUUCGUCUCAGCGCUUAGUCUAAUCAUACAAGCGUCUAUCGUGCCGAAUAGCCCUCAACAACAUGGAAAUACACGUGCAGUCAUCACCUAAACCCUCAACCUCUUCUCUCCCUCUCAGCCAAACACCAUCUACAGUGCACAUAUCCCUACCCCCGUCUUCUCCUACCGCUCAUUCCACCCACCACUAAGCCCAGCCUCCAUCCUCAUCGUUUUGCUUCAUCGUUCCAUCAUGCCCGGUAACGCAGAAAUCCAAUCUAUAAGACUUGAAAUCAUUGGCGGAAAAAAUCUCAAAGUCCCCUCCUGGCGCACGCCUGCAGGCAUUUACGUCUCCAUCAAUGUCGACUCAAGGAGACGCUGGAAAUCAGCCAUCCGUGUCUUAUCAUCCAACGAAUCCGUAGUGUGGGGAGAUACCAUGACCCUAUCAUCACACGAGUCACCUGCAUUAUCUGUGGAGAUCAGAGCAUCUUACGAGGUCGACCGAACGCUUGGCAAUGGUGAAAUCAUCGUAAAACUUCAAACAUCGUGGGAUGACCUGCUCGAUCAUGGAGAUGAACCAUUCGAACUGUCCUUCCCACCCAUCCGCAGUGUCACUCCUUCGCUCACGCUGAAGGUCGCUGUUGUACAUGCUUGCGAUAAUCAGGACAGCGCACUAUUUGACUCCCUCGUAGACUGCGAGAUUGCUCGAGAGACAGAUGCGGGCCACGCACAAUAUGCCGAAUAUAGGACCACCAAGACAGUCUCUCACCUGAAUGAUGUUUUACAGUAUUUUCAGUCGGUUCUGGGCCGCUGUUCGGUCGCAGAUGCGGGCUACGCACAAUAUGCCGAAUAUAGGACCACCAAGACAGUCUCUCACCUGAACGAUGCUUUACAGCAUUUUCAGUUGGUUCUGGACCGCUGUCCGGUCGACCAUCCUGACCACGCAGCGGCUCUCACCAACCUCGCGUGGGCUCGCCUUCGAGGCUACAUUCAAAACGAUCUCCAAGACAUUGAUACCACCACUUCCUUUUUCCGCGAAGCCCUUGCAUUGCGUCCGCAGGGCCAUCCCGACCACAUAUUAUCUCUCUAUAAUCUCAUUUUCGCAUUGAACUGGCGCUACAGCAAGGAGCGCACCGCUGUCCUCAUUCACGAAUGCCUGCAGCUGUGCUGCAAGCUACUGCCCCUCUGUCCAGAGGGCACCUACCUUCGUAGCAUCGGCGUAGACAAUGCGGUCGAUUAUGUGAUCGGCGAAUGCAACGAUCUUCCGAUUGAUGCAUCUGACGAAGGCAUCCACCUUCAACGAGUCGUGCUCGAGUUCCGCCCUCUGGGCCAUCAACGCCGUCCCAUUACCCUCACCGCUCUUGCAGUCGCACUCAAGGCGCGCUUUAGAGACCGCGGCAGCAUUGAGGAUCUAGAAGAGAGCAUACAACUUGGUCGUGAAGCCGUUUCUCUGUGCCCCGAGGGACAUUCUGACCGUGGUGCCUACCUGAACAACUUGGCCGGCUCACUCCAAUCCCGCUUUGAUCACCAAGGCAAAUCUCAUGACCUCGACGAGGUCAUCUCCAUGCACGAAGAAGCGCUGCGCCUGUUGCCUGUUGGGCACAAAUUUCGUGAUUUCUCAUUGGGCAACCUAGGGAGCGCCCUCCACACCCGUUUCAACAAACACGGUGACGUUGAUGACAUCAACCGAGCUGUCAGCCUCUCUCGCGAGGCACUGUCGUUGCGCCCACCUGGGCAUCCACGUCGUGACACCACGCUUAACAACCUUGCCCUCGCGCUCGACACCAGAUAUGACAAAUUGCAUGUCAUCGAGGAUCUUAACGAGGCCAUUGAUCUGUAUCGCGAAUCUCUUCGUUUAAAGCAGCUUGAUGAUCCAGAGCGCCAUAGGAUUCUUUUCAAUUUGAGCUCGGCGCUCUGCUCUCGAUUCACGCAAACUCGGGAGAAUGAGGAUGUCGAGGAGGCUAUUCGACUCUGCCAAGAGUCGUUGGUGGUUUUGCCUUUACUGCACCCGGAUAGAUACUUCAGUUUGAUGCGGCUGCAGGAAGCCUAUCUGUCUCGUUACCAGGUACAACACAACCCCACUGAUUUGUCGCUCGCUGUAGAGAACUACAGACUCGCGUCACGACACCCCACUCAAGGAUUCCCACAACGCAUCAUUCAGGCACAUUAUUGGACUGUCACAGCAGAGCAGCAUGGUGAUGGAUCCACACUGGAGGCUUACUCAACAUUUUUCGAGCUUCUGGAUGCUCAUUUGGGAACACGACCAUCAACCACCUCUCGCCGCGAAGCUGCCUCUGCCUUCCAUUAUGCCAGAUCACUUCCUGUAAAUGCAGCAUCAUGUGCCAUCCGCAGUGACAAUCUCCGACGCGCAGUCGAACUUGCGGAGCAGGGCCGUGGCCAACAGUGGUCGUUGGCCUCCCGACUCAAGACUCCAGUUGAAGAACUCGAAUUGGGACAUCCACAUCUAGCCCGCAAAUUUUCGGAGCUGAGCAAGCGCGUUUCCAACGCCGCUCAGGGUUCUGCAACCAUCACCGACAGAGCUGCAGCUGAAGUAGCAGAAACAAAGUACAGGAAAACUACGAUGGAAUGGGAAGCCGUGGUAGCUGAAAUCCGUAAUCUUCAAGGUUUCUCGCGGUUCCUACUUCCACCUUCGUACAAAGACUUGCAAGUUGCAGCUCGCAAUGGCCCAGUCAUCAUCCUCGUUGCCAGCAAAUACUCGUGCAGCGCCAUCAUUGUCCCGACGUCAGGAGAGCCCCACCAUGUCCACCUCCUGCGCAUCACUCUACCACAUCUAGAGAAGCUCAAAGACGAUUUUGCUACGGCAAUCCGGCAUACGGCUCGUAUGCGCCCAGAGGAGCCGAGGAAGAAAUUGCGAGUGCUCUUGCGGAUAGUGUGGGACGAGAUCAUGCUACCCAUCGUUAACAUCCUCCAGCAUGACCUGAAAUUGCGCCAUCGCUCUCGAAUAUGGCUGUGUCCGACGGCAGCCUUCACGUCCAUCCCUCUCCAUGCAGCUAAUCCCUUUCGAAUGAAUGCAGAUCGCUCUGGGAGCGAGCCAUGCCUGGAGGAUCUCUACAUCUGUUCUUAUACACCCACACUUUCAGCUCUUGUUAGAGCUCGGCAGGCGAUGAAGACGCGUGGAACUCCGUCCUUCGCGGCGAUCGGACAAAGUCAACCAGGCGCAGGGCAAGGCGACGUGCUCCCGGCUGUUGACAGCGAGCUUGAGCUUGUCCAUACACUCGUUCCUCCCAACGUCAAGUUCACUAAUAUUUCGAAAGACGAAGCCACACAAGCAGGUGCGCUCAACGCUUUGCAGUGCAACACCUGGGUGCACCUCGCUUGUCACGGCAAGCAAGACCUCGAGCAGCCUUAUAACUCAUGUUUCUCCAUGAGAGACAAACCCGUUACGCUGCUCGACAUCAUGGAGAACAAUUCUCCACAAGCUGAAUUUGCAUUCUUGUCAGCAUGUCAUACCGCCGUCGGCGAUGAGGAGACACCCGACGAAGCUAUCCACCUCGCAGCAGGACUCCAGUUUUCGGGGUUCAAGAGCGUCGUUGGCACGCUGUGGGGGGUCAGUGACGUUCUAGCAAAACAUGUCGUGGAAGCUUUUUACGAGAAGAUGUUUGAAGACCUGGAGGAUGGUGUCAUAGACUGUACGAAGGCAGCUUGGGCACUCAACCGUGCUACGCACGCUGUGAAGACGAAGGUACCGCUCGAGCAGAGGAUGGUUUUCAUUCAUAUCGGUGUGUAGUUCCUGCUGUGUUGCUUUGCUUUCAUCCUGUAUGGUUUCACGGGUUCUUUGCAUUGUAUUCUCAUUUGUUUACGUUGUACCCUAAGUUGUAGGAAUCACUGAACUACCUUGUUACAUCCGUCACGUACUCUUCUGCCCUCUUGUUUUUCGCGUUUGCGUUUGCUUUGCAUUUUCAAUGUUGUUUUCCACUCUACAGUCUCCACUGACGCAUGAAUUCGAAUAUUUGCGACAUCAUCUCGUACUACCUUAUCAAUC